AUGGGAAGUGCAAAAACAGACGGGUACUACUACUUUCAAAUCAGAAAGAAGAAUCUCUAAAUUUGUUUCAGAUUCCCUCCUCCUAACUGGCUUUCCUAAAAGCCGAUGGAUAGGUUUCAGAGGGUGGAGAAGCCCAAGGCGGAGGCUGCGCCGAUAAACGAGAAUGAGAUUCGUAUAACAGCUCAAGGCAGAAUGAGGAAUUAUAUUACUUACGCCACCACUCUCCUCCAUGAGAAAGGAUCUAAUGAAAUUGUUCUCAAGGCAAUGGGCAGAGCUAUCAGUAAAACUGUUAUGAUUGCUGAGCUAAUAAAGAGAAGGAUUGUUGGUCUUCAUCAGAAUACUUCUAUUGGAUCAACUGAUAUUACUGACGUGUACGAGCCCCUGGAAGAAGGCCUGCUUCCUGUAGAGAGUACUCGGCAUGUUUCAAUGAUCACUAUUAGCUUGUCGAAGAAGGAGCUUGAUACAUCCUCUACAGGAUAUCAAUCCCCUCUUCCGAUUGACCAAGUGAAACAAUUGAAUAAUUUUGAGGAUGAUGGAGACGGUUCGCCUGGAUUCCGAGCCAGGGGUCGCGGUGGCCGAGGAAGAGGUAGGGGUAGAGGAAACUACAAUGGAUUUGGGGAUUAUAAUGGAGAUAGUUGGGAUGGUGGGCGUGGUUAUGGUGGCAGAGGUAGAGGCCGUGCAAGAGGUGGUUCUUUUAGGGGUCGUGGACGAGGUUAUGGUCAGUUAGGUGGAUACUAUGAUUAUGUUGAAGGUGCACCUGCCCAAGGCCGUGGUCUGGUAAGGGGCGGUCAAGGUAGAGGAAGGGCCCGUGGGCGUGGUCGUAAUACCAGAUUGGAUGGACAAGCACCUGCUGCUUGAGCAGAUGUUUGGUUAAGUGCAAAUGUGUGUGGACUUGAAAAAGUUAACAUACGGGAUGCCUGCUCUGCUUGCUUAUGUCUUGGUGAAGUUUGCUGAUAUCCAUGGGCGCCGGCUUUCUUUCAAGUUUUCUUAACCGUCGUGAUGCUUGAAAUUUUGUUUUGUAGGUCGUGAGGUAGGAGUACUUUAGUAGUUAUUGUUGCUAAUCAAGUGUGUUUAUACACCUUACAAAAGUUGUAAAAUGAAUUUUUUUUUUCAUAGAAAUAAUAGAGCACUACAUUCUUUUAUUCUUUA